CAAAACAUUUGCCGGAAAGCGGCUUCGAAAACCGCCUGGGCCACAGUUCGUUCUCGCCAGGAUAAUUUUUGUGUUUUGUGUUUUACCCGUCCGGCAUGGAUUUAGACGUGCUACCUCCGGAACUGACUUGGAAUAUUUUGGAGAACCUUACCGAUCUGAAGGACCGCAAAAAUGCAUCUCUGGUAUGUAAAGCAUGGAACCGGAUGUUGUUCAACUCGUCUAAAUCGCUGCGGAAUGUUCGGGUACGAUUUUGUUUGCGACCGACUGCGCUGGAUGGUUUGGAACCGAACGAAAUUUUGGACCGGAUGUUCGAGGUCAUGUUCCGGAGCAAAAGAAACUACGUCACGGUCGAGUUUUUCCACAUCAAUUUCGAGCGGCUCCUAGCGCGGGAUUUUCUGUUCUUUGUUGUCCAGCUGUGUUGUGAUACUAUCGAAUGUGUACGUUUUACUAAUUGUUAUGGCCUGAAAAGGAGCGAACUGUGGCAGCUUUUAAGCCUAUUAGGAAAUUUACGAGAGCUUGUAGUAUCCGGUGGGAUCAAAUAUGACGAACUAGACCAGGAAGUAGUGAAGCUUCCUUUGUUGGAAAAAUUAACAUUGGACAUAGGAGACGAUUGUAGGCUGUACAGGGACUUCCCUUCGCAAGCUCCUAACUUAAAGUGUUUUAGCGUACGUACAAUUUACGGUUGUGCAGAUCUCCGGGAUGUCACCAUAACCAGAUCAUUUAGCCAUCAGCUUAAUAGUUUAAGUUUCAGCACAAAUCGAAGCUACAAUUAUUCGGAAUUCUCAGAAAUGAAUUUUACAAACCUGACAAAGCUCGAUUUGAAAGUUUCCGGCUCUUUAUGGCCUCAACUUUUUAAGCAAACUAAACUUAUUCAAAGUCUCAAAUUAGAGGCCAAUAUCAACGAUGACAUUAUAGCCACCAUUUGUACGACUUGCACCAAAAUCAAAACGCUCACCCUAUUUUGCUCCAAUUUGAUCGAAUCGAUCAAAUUUAAUAUGCUAACACGUCUCGAGAAUCUGGAGCAACUGUCAGUCAGAGGAAUCCACAAGUUCAGCUGGCGACAUAUUUCAUUUCCAAAGCUUAAAAGCCUUCACCUUGACAAUGUUGGUAAUGAUUUCACCAACUUCCUGAAAGACCUCAAAGCGCUAGAGUCUUUGGAAAUCCACGACACCAAACUGCGGAACGAGCAACUCAUCAAAAUAACACUGAAUGCGCCAACAGUUCGACGGCUGGAGUUGGCAUUCUGCACCAAGAUAAGCGACAAAGGCUUCAAACAUUUGUCCGAUAUGGUUGGGCUGGAAGAGCUGCGACUCUGGGCCAUUCAGGUCUCAAAAACUAUCGACGAACGGUUGCUGUGUCCACGUUUGAGGAAAAUAAUUCUCUACUUCAAUGAUAACAUCGAAGAUUGCACCCUGGAAGGGCUGGCCAAAAGAAUCCCUCAACUGCAACAGCUGGUCCUGUACGAUUGCUAUCGGAUGAGCCCCCAGGGAGUGGUCAAGCUGCGCCAGGUUCUGCCCAACUGCCACGUGCUUGAACUGUAUCGCGGGGACGAACUGCCACCGGUUUUGUCCGGUGAAACCCAGAUCUACUACCGGAACGCCGAGUAUCCCAACGGAGUGCUCAAGCAGGAACUGCCCUUUCAGUGGUUUUAAGAGUCGGCGA